CAGUUGUUCACCUAUUACCCAUAUUUCUAAACACCACACAGCCCCAGAUGGAAUAGACUGCCCCGCACACACCCUUAUUUAAAACUCUUAUGACCUGAGGAACUGGAUUCAGUUUGAAGGCUGCUGGUCGACCUACCGCUAUACUACAAUUUGGCAUCGAGCUUUGCGUCCGUCUUCAUAUUCAACAUGCCAGCGGACUACAGUGGCACCUGGGACAUCGUCAGCAACGAAAACUUUGAAGGUUACAUGGUUUCAAUGGGCAUUGACUUUGCAACGCGCAAGAUCGCAAAAAUGUUGAAGCCACAGAAGGUGAUUGAGCAAGAUGGGGAUUCCUUCACCAUUAAAACACUGACCACCUUCAGGAAUUACACCUGUUCAUUCAAGAUAGGGGAGGAGUAUGAGGAGGUGACCAAAGGACUGGACAACAGGAUAUGCCAGAGUGUGGUAAACUGGGAGAAUAGCAAACUGGUGUGUGUGCAGAGAGGAGAGAAGAAGAACCGAGGCUGGACUCACUGGAUAGAGGGAGACGAGCUCCAUCUGGAGCUUCGCUGUGAGGAUCAAGUCUGCAAACAAAUUUAUAAAAAGAGCUCUUGAUCAAAUUUAUUUUUCUUACAUGUUUAAGUUUUUUUAGUGGGUCGGUGGGGGCAGGUCAUGUGAGUAACACUUUCUUUGAUGUAGAACACCAACAACUUAAAACUAGUCAGUUUAGGAUUGUUAUAUUAUUGUAGGACAGUGUAGGAAUAAUGGUGUAAAAUUCUGGACUUUACAAGUAGAAAAGGAAUCCCUCAAGGACCUCCUUUAGGCCCAUUGCCAUUUACUUUAUAUUUCAACAACAUACCUGAAACCUGUGCAGAUGUAGGUGUUCAAAUGUAUGCUAAUGACAAAAAUAUAUAUGUACCAACCAAUGCUUGCAAUAUGGAACCUGAUAAUUUAACAGAACAUCUUGAAUAAAUUUCCCAAUUGCCUUUCAAAUUUGAUGCCUGACACAUUUUCGAUAUGAAGAACACAGCAUAUAUCUGGUUUUGUAUCCCACAGGCAUCUGAGUUGAAGCAUUUAAAGUGAAAAUAAGGAAAUCCAACCCAGGUGGAAACUGAUAUUACAUUUCAAGAUGGUGCUUAGACUCAGGAUUGAAUUUUGUUAAACAUGGCAAAAAUAUUUAUAGGACAGUUUUAUCUGAAUCAUUUUAAGCUAAUUUGGUACACCUUAGUGUCCCACACUGCUUAACCGUUUACAUGCUGUGAUUUUCCCCAUCUGUUUUACUGCACCACAAUAAUUAGACCUAUAAUUUCACUUAACAAUUCAGCUUUAGACAUAUUAGAAAAAAACAUUGGAGUUUCACCACAGCAUCAUUUGAAAAGUUUGCUUUACUGUAAGCAUUGACUUUUCUAUUCAUUACUCUGCUUGUUUUUAAAUGCAUACAUGGUCUUGAGGCAUCCUUUUUUUAUGAAACAUGUUAACAGAGAGUAAUUGACAUAACAGCUUUUUUUGUCUUGUUUAAUUUUAUGUAGCUUCUGUUUGGUAUCACAUACCAUCAAAAAUCCCAUAUGGGGACUAAUGUUGGCUGUACAAAUUUUAUAUAAUGCGCUGGUUAGUUGUUUUUUCAGCAAUGUAUGGUUUACUGCAUACAUCCCCAAUGGAAAAAAAAUAUUUCAAUAUUUUACUCAUUAACUUGAGUGUUUUCUCAGUAUUGUAAUAUUCAGUCUGUAGGUCAUGUGUUGGCUUUGUUGCCAUUUCCUUGGCAGAAAAGAAAUUGGUGUGCUUUUCUUCUCAUGCAGAAAAUGGCUGGACCAAUUUUUCAAGAAAUAAGAGUCUGCAAGUUCUCGAAUAAGCACAGAGUAUCAAUGUCAUAGUUUUAGGUGGGACUUCAUAUAUUGAAUGUGUUGCUCAGUAAGACAAUGUACUAUUACAGCGUUUCGUAGAAUGGCCUUAACUACAACGGCAUUGUUUUUUAAUUGCUGUCUAUUGUCUGAGUUAUUUAUUGUGGUGGAAAAAGAGUUUACCACAUUUACAUUCAAAAAUGCUAUCACAAUUACCUAAAAUGACUGUGACUAUGCAAACUACUGUGCAGACCUGUGUUGAUUAUUUCAUCAGACAAAAAUACCUCAGAACACUAGCACAGUCCUUGUUCCAGUCCAUUUUCAUUGGCUUACCUGAUGCAUACAGUUGUAAUAAAUAUAUUUAAAUCUAUUGAACUGG